GCGCUGUCCAUUAGUUUAUAGGUCUAUUGGAGCUGCUAUCAUAAGAAUGUUCAUAACCACGGUCUUCUAAGACCGUGCUCAUAACACUUUUAUCAAUUUAAUUUUUAUCAUUUACACUUCUUUAUCUAUGCUUUACAGAAAAUAUUUGGCAUUGGGAAUUCAAUUCAGAUUUCAGUUCAACAGUUCUACUUUAUUUCGUUAAAAUUUUAAUUAUUCUUUAGUAGGUUUUUAAGUAAGUAAUUCUUUGUAUUUCAAAAAAUUGUCAACGUUUUAAAAUAAUAUAACAAGUUGUUGUUACUAUCUCUUACUGCGUAAAUCAUCUCUAAGGACAGAUGCUUUUCGAGAUGGCACUGGAGGCGACGAUUGAUCAACAAAACAUGGCAUUCAACCCGGCUAAAUUACAUUCUUCCAUAAAGAUACCGUUUCCGAAAUCAUCGUCGAUUGAAAACGAAUACUUUGUGUAUCAUCAGGCCGAUCUGUUUACUCAGAGUUUCUCGGCGAUUGAGGGAAUACGCCGCAUGGGAAAACUGUGCGAUGUCACACUGAAAGUAGAAAACAUGUCAUUUAGUGCCCAUCGCAUAGUGUUAGCUGCCACGGUACCGUAUUUUAAUGCUAUGUUUACACACAACAUGAUUGAAAGUACCCAGAAAGAUAUUGUGAUGCAUGGAAUUGAUCCUGAAGCAUUGGAAGCAUUGAUUAAUUUUGCUUACAGUGGUCGAAUAUCAAUAAAUGUCAAUAACGUUCAGUCACUAUUAAUUGGAGCUUCAUUUUUGCAGUUGAAAUGGGUACGAAAUGCUUGUGCAACGUUCAUUAAAGAAAGGUUUCAUCAAAAUAAUGUUUUAAAAGUGCGUACAUUAGCUGAUUCAUUGGGAUGCUUUGGCUUAAUGACUGAUUCUAAUAGAUAUAUAGCUCAGUAUUUUCCUGAUAUAUCACUAUCUGAAGACUUCUUAAAUCUUAAUAUUUCUGAAAUAAUUGACAUAGUCAAUAAAGAUGAGCUACAAGCAUCUGAAGAACAGGUCUUCGAAGCAACUAUUCGCUGGGUGAAACAAGAUGAAUUAAGACAAGAAUGUUUUCCUCAAUUGCUUGCUGCUGUAAGAUUACCAUUACUUUCACCUCAUUACUUGGCUGAUAGAGUUGCUACUGAAGAAUUAAUUAGAUCAUCUCACGAAUGCAGAGAUUUAUUAGAUGAAGCUAAAGACUACCAUUUAAUGCCUGAAAGAAGACUUUUGUUACAAAGCUUUCGCACUAGACCUCGCUGUGUCAGUUAUAUUCGUGGACACAUUUAUGCUGUUGGUGGACUUACAAAAUCAGGUGAUUCACUAAGUACUGUAGAAGUCUAUAAUCCCUUGACUGAACGAUGGGAGCUUGCAGAAGCUAUGAGCAUACUACGUAGUAGAGUUGGAGUAGCUGUAUUAAAUAAUAAAUUAUAUGCAUUUGGAGGCUAUAAUGGAAUAGAAAGACUAUCUUCAGUAGAAGUAUUUGAUCCUGCAACAAAAUCUUGGAAUAUAGUUUCACCAAUGCAUCGAAAGCGCAGCGCCCUUGGAGCAGCUGCACUAAAUGAUCGACUAUACGUUUGUGGAGGUUUUGAUGGAGUCAGUUCAUUAAAUAUUGUUGAAUGUUAUCAACCCGAUUUAGAUCGCUGGACAAUCAUUACACCAAUGCAAAAACAUCGAAGUGCUGGCGGCGUAGUUGCAUUUGAUGGUUAUAUUUAUAUUCUUGGAGGUCACGAUGGACUAAGUAUUUUUGACUCCGUUGAACGAUAUGAUACUUAUACAGGUCAAUGGCUAUCUGUUACACCUAUGCUAAUAAAACGUUGUCGCUUAGGAGUGGCCACAUUGAAUGGUAAACUUUAUGCAUGUGGUGGAUAUGAUGGAUCAACAUUUUUACAAACUGUUGAAGAAUAUGAUCCUCAGACGGACAAGUGGAGAUUUGUGGCUUCAAUGAACGUGACAAGGAGCCGCGUGGCGUUGGUAGCCAAUGCUGGAAAAUUGUGGGCUAUUGGUGGGUAUGAUGGAUUUUUGAAUCUACCCACUGUAGAAGUGUAUGAUCCGAAAGCUGACUGCUGGACAUUUGCAGCUUCCAUGUGUGCCCAUGAAGGUGGAGUCGGAGUCGGUGUCAUACCCAUACAAGAGCCCGAAGUUCCAUGAAUAUGUAUGUCUGUUGUGGUUAAUAUAAUAAUAACAUUACCAUCUAUUAUACCUACCCCCAAUGCGAGCGGUAGAAUAGGUAACAAAUGGAAUUUGUAAAAACAAAAACAAUGUUAUACAUCAUAUUAUUUACGUUGAAUGAUCGUUUUUGUCACAUUUUGGAAGACGAUAUCACUGUGCAAACCAUAUUCAAUUAUUUAAUUGUUUAUCAAACACUCGUUCUAAAUAAGGUACCAGGUGAUAUAAUAAAAGUUGUAUCCGACCCAAAUUCAGAUUAUAUAAGCUUGAAUUGGUGUGAUCAGUUUCAUGUAUUGCAUGUCCUUAUGUCCUUUGAAAAUAUUUAAAUUGUACCACUUCUUGCCAACAAUUAAAUAUUGCUUCUUACUGGUUUUAAUUAGGUCAAACUUUCUUGUAUACUAUAUAGGUUAAGAACCUGUAUUUUAUUUUUGUUUGCCCUCUCUUGUUUAUUAUAUUCCCAGUUUUAUAUACAAAAAUGCUUAAAUGAUAAAUGUAUAUGGGACAUACUGUUGUAUUAAGUAACCAGAGGUGUUUUACAAUACUAAAUCGAACAUAAAUACUAGUGUAUAUUAGUACAUAAUGUUAUCGUUAAAUUAUAUCAGCUGAUUUUUUUAUCAUUGAACACUCAUUAUUUUAAAAAAUAUAAGUUUAAAAAAAAAAUGUUUACAUUGUUUUUAGUUGCAAAAAACCAUUUUUAUAAAAUAUACGUUUUAAACAUUUUUUUAGGUUUCUUACUUUUUUGAAUGACAACACAGUUUUGAAGUAUUUUGAUACAUACAAAUUGAAUUUAGGAGUUAAGACAAGUAAUUUAUGAGACCUAAGAAUUUAAAAUUUAGAUGAGUGGAGUGGAGUGGUAUGUGGUUACCCCCUCAAAAUGUUGGUGCACUACUCCACUCAUGUAAACUUUAAAGAGGUAAUUAUAAUUUAUAAACUACUCGUUCUAAAUUCGAUUCUCAUACAUCGAAAUACUCGGCAAAAUAUCCUGCUUUUGAAGAUGAAGUUAAAACGGUACGUUGUAAUUCAAAAAAGUAAAAACCUAAAAAAUUAUAAUGAUGAAGAAUAUUUUUAUAAACAAAUACUUUUUGAAUAAUGGGUGUUCUUUGUUAUAUGAAUCACCCAGUAUAAAUAACAUACAGUUAAUUUUGAAGCAAUUUUAUUGUUCUAACCUAAAACUGUAAAACUUGUUACUCUCCAUUCCUAAAAAUGUUGUUAUUUUGUUUUAAAAUGUAUAGCAUAAUGAGUUAUGACUAAUAAUAUUAUAUAAUAUUACCUAUGUUUUCUAAACCUAUGUUGGUUUUGUACUCUUAUAAGAUUGUUUUUUUUAUAUAUUAUAUAUAUAUUAUAUGUGUUAAAAGUGAUGUGAUGAAAAGUUUUUCCUUUAUAUUAGAUUUUUUUUUUAAUAUGUAAUAAAUAGGUAUUAUAAACUUGUUUGUACUUUAUAAUACUUAUUACAUAAUCAAUAAAUUUAAAAAAAAUAAAAUGAGACGAUUAUCAU